AUGGAGGAGAGAAGAGUCCCAAUGCAAAUGGUGGAUGAAGUGGAGCAAGAAAUGGAUGAAAAUAAUGAUCUCACAACAGGCAUAAUCAAAUCUACUGUCAACACAUGGCGAAGGGUUACCACACAUCGCACUGAUGUCACGGUUCGAGUCAAGAACCGAACAUUUAUCCUUCACAGUCGUCCACUCACAUCACGAAGCGGUUACUUUAAACAGCGUCUUCAAGAGUCCAAUGACAUAAACUUAGAUGACACCAAUAUCACUGCUGAAACAUUUGACAUGGUUGCCAAAUUUUGCUAUGGCUCCGAUGCCAUCUUCACCCCAGAGAACAUAGCACCUCUAAGAUGUGCUGCCGGGAUCCUGGAGAUGACAGAGGAAUAUGAAGUCCAAAACCUCCUUAGGAGAAGCGAGGUUUACUUCACACAAGCGGUGGCCGAAAACAAGGAAGCUGCUGAGGUUAUCCUGUACAAGUCAUUGGCAAUGCUUCCUGAGUCAGAGACUCAAGCAUUCCUAGUUAGCAGGUGCAUAGAAGCUUUGCUAAUUCCUAGAGAGAUCCGAUGGGUAUAUCACAGGAAAAGAGAGGACAUGAAAGAAUAUCCAAUGGAGCCUUGGGUGGUGUCUGCCAGGUGGGUGGCAGACAUGGUUAAGUUGCCAUUGGACAUGUUCAGGGGGAUCAUGGUAUCUGUGCAGAGGUGUAUGAGCGGGAGCCAUGAUGGAGUUUAUCGACUCAUUGAUGCUUAUCUUGAGGAACAUGCAGAAAUGACAUUAGAUGAGAAGAGCCAGCUCACUGGACUCCUCAACUGUAACUUCCUUUCAACAGAAGCACUUGUUCACACUGUAAAAAACCCGAAAAUGCCGUUACGCUUCGUAAUCCAGGCCUUGUUUGCGAAGCAAGUGAAGAACAGACAGCUAACUGGACCAAAUGCUAUGAUUUUUUGUCAGCAAAGCUCAACACUCGGUGAGAUAUUAAAACGAGACACUGCCUUACGAGAAGCAAAUCAUCUUAAGGUAUCUAUGGACAAUACAUUCUCGAGGAUUGAAAGCUUAGAGAGGGACCUCUUUGGGUUGAAGAAGGAACUUGAGGAGGCAAAGAGAGAAGAUUUAGCUUCUGGAAAAUCAGUAAGUUUUCGAGUUGUGGAGGAAGAACUGAAUAGCUUUUCUAGGGAGAAGAGAGAGAAGGAGAGCUUUGGACGAGGUAUGAUGAGAAAGUUGAAGAAGGCUUUUGCGAAAACUGCUUCAGAAAAUGCGAGGGAGGAUGUAAAAGAAGGCGGGAUUGGUGAAUUCAAGCAGUUCUUUCACCACCGGAACCAAUCUUCCACAUAAACUGCUACCGGGGCAAAAGACAUCCCUCAUCUAUGGAUACUGGGCACCUCAGUCAUAUCUUCUUCUCCCAGAAUAAGAUUUUUUUUUUUUUAUCUUUUCAUUUGAAAAUUUUCCUACAAGUGUUUUACUGAGUGUUUUCUAAAUAGAACAAAGAGAUGUCACCUUCUCUUGAUCACACAUUCAAAUUCCAUACUCAUCAAAAGAU